CGCGCGCGCGCGGCAUCGCCCGGCGCCCCGGCGAGGCGGUGGUGCCCCGGCGGGCGGGGGCGGGGCGGGGCGGCGCGGCGGGAGCGAGGGGGCGCGGGCGGCGGGGGUCCCGGUCGGUUCCCCGCCAUGGCCACGUCCCCGUGCAGCAGCAGCGGCGUCUCCUCCUCGUCUUCGUCGGGGCUGGGGGCGGACGCGGGGCUGGAGAUCCGCACGCGCUCCGUGGAGCAGACGCUGGUGCCGUUGGUGUCGCAGAUAACUACUCUUAUUAAUCAUAAGGAUAAACCAAAGCGUUCAGACAAGACUCUGCAAGCCAUUCAGCGAGUGGGCCAAGCAGUUAACCUGGCAGUUGGAAGAUUUGUUACAGUAGGUGAAGCUAUAGCCAAUGAAAAUCAUGAAUUGAAAGAGGAAAUGAGUGUUGCUUGCAUUGAGGCAAGGAGAGCAGGUGAAACAAUUGCACAGCUUACAGAUGUGGCAAGCUUGGAUCAUCCAGAAUCUGAUAGCCACAUAACAAUCUUUACGGACAAAACGGGUGUGGUAAAAGCUGCAAGGUUGUUGCUUUCUUCUGUCACAAAGGUGCUGGUGUUAGCAGACAGAAUUGUUAUUAAGCAAAUUAUAACUUCCAGAAACAAGGUUCUUGCAACAAUGGAACAGCUAGAAAAAGUCAGUAGUUUCCAGGAGUUUGUACAAAUAUUCAGCCAGUUUGGAAAUGAAAUGGUAGAGUUUGCCCAUUUAACUGGAGAUCGUCAGAAUGAUUUGAAGGAUGAGAAGAAAAAGGCAAGAAUGGCAGCAUCUAGGGCUGUUCUUGAGAAGUGCACCAUGAUGCUCCUAACCGCUUCAAAGACUUGUCUGAGGCAUCCAGACUGUGAAUCUGCUCGUAUAAACAAAGAUGGAGUUUUUCAUCGGAUGAGAUUAGCUUUGGAACAGGUAAUAGAAAUUGUAACUGACUCUAGACCAAAUGGAGAAAAUGAAAUGGCCCCCAUCAGCAUAUAUUCUGGCAUCAAAGAAUUCAAGAAUAAGGUGGAGGGUCUUCGUGAGAAUCUUUAUUUUCUCUCGAAAGAGAACCUUUCAACAAUGCUGGAAGUUAUCCUGGAACAUACGGAGGACUUCACAGACUCUGCCUAUACCAGUCAUGAGCACAGAGAACACAUUUUGGAGCUGUCUAAACAGGCUAAAAUGGAACUAGAGCAGCUGGUUUCAGUGUGGAUGCAAGCUCAAAACCAGAAGACAAAGGAUAUUAUGGAAGACUUGGAAGUAGCCAUUUUAAAAACAUGCCAGUGCAUGAAUGAACUUAAAAGAGAGGUCCACAGUGCAGCAACAACUUUGGCAGCAGAUCUUCUAAAAUACCAUACAGAUCAUAUGGUUCUUAAAGCAUUGAAAAUCACAGGAGUAGAAGGAAAUCUUGAAGCUGUAGCAGAAUAUGCUUGCAAGCUAUCAGAGCAGAAAGAACAGCUUGUUGAGAUGUGUCGCUUAUUGAGGCAUGUUUCUGGAACUGAGCCCCUCGAGAUUACUUGCAUACACGCAGAAGAUACCUUUCAGGUGACUGGCCCACAGAUAAUUUCUGCUGCAGAAACGCUGGCAUUACAUCCGUCUAGCAAGAUUGCAAAAGAAAAUCUUGAGGUGUUCUGUGAGGCCUGGGAGUCUCAACUGAGCGACAUGUCUAUGUUGUUAAGAGAAAUCAAUGAUGUGUUUGAAGGAAGAAGAGGAGAGAAGCGUGUCUACCUAUCACUGCCCAGACCAGGGAAGCAUAAUGCAAAUCUGAAAGCAUUAAAGCCAGUCAAACUAGAUACUGAGGAACAGGCAAAAAUUGCAAAACUUGGAUUAGAGUUGCAUCUGCUCACAUCUGAUGUGGAUUCUGAGACGGAGAAAUGGGAGGAUCAGGAGAAUGAGAUCGUUCAACAUGGACAAGGCAUGUCAAGUAUGGCCUACUCCAUGUACUUAUUUACCAGAGGAGAAGGACUUCUGAAAACUACUCAAGAUUUAUUUCAUCAAGCAGAGAUUUUUGCUACAGAGGGCACAAAGCUUGCUUCAUCUCUUCAUGCCUUUUCUGAUCAGGUACUCGAUGAUGACAAACCUUUGCUUCUGUUGGAGGCUGAAAAACUGAUCUCUAUGUGCAAGCAGCUCCAGAUAACGGCUAAAGCUUCUGUUCAGGGUAAAAGUGCUACAUUUACAAAGGUUGAUGCAUGCAUUCUGAAAACAAGGAACGUGAUGACUGUCUUAUGCCAACUUCUUCCACUUUGCUGCAAAUUACUGAGAAAGAAUAAAGCAGGAAAUACCUGCCUUAAACCUGCUCCACCAUGGAGAGAAGAGAGAAUACGAACUGGUACAAAUGCACACACUCCAGAAAGGAGAGCUGAGACAUUUGGCAUCAAGUCUUUAGAAAAUCAUGUAACAAACAUGACAUUUUUAGAAAGCAAGAAAUUAUAGCGCUUAGAAAUGCGGGAACUCCCAUUUGAAAGUAACAUUUUUGAAUUUUCAAUAUUGCUUUCAUUUGUGGAAAGUCAAACCAGGUGAAUCCGAAUUAAAACUGUUGACCUUUGUCAUGUCUAAUAGACGUCCCAUAACUUAGCAGUUACAAAACCGACUAGCCUAAUUGUUAUGUAUUUUUGUAAUGUGAAUGCCUUUCCUAUGCUCACUAUUGAUACUGGUUUUGUAAUCAAUGCUUACGAAUGUCUUAAUGGAUUUUUCAACCCAAAGAUGCUGCUAAUAGACAUUUUAUCUAAAGAACCUUGUGCUGCAUACGCUAUAUGUAACACUACUGUUCAAGUCUGUAAACUCAUCUCUGGCCUGUUUCAGUGUGUGUGUGUUUGAUAAAGCAGAAUCAGGAAUACAGCCUGAAAGGCUGCGGCCUAAAGCACUGAAAUGUUCUCUUAGUUAUGAGCUAUACCUGCAGUUAAGUAGUUCUAGGAAAAAAAAACAACCCUCUUUCAACAGCUGCACUGCUGAAUUUUAAUCUUGUUGACAUGAGUCAUAUUUCCAAAAGUAUUUUUAAGUGAUUAAUACUUUUGACUCAACCCCUUUUUAUUUUACUGUUAUUUGUAGUUGGCAGUUGUUGCUUCCUUUUUUUGUUAAAACUUACUGAGCAGAAUUUUCAUUACAUUUAGAACCACUGAAGUAUUAUGUAGACUUUAUCAUACCAUGUAAAAUUUAAGAAAAUAGAUACUGAUUAUGACAAACUUCUGUACAAAGGGCAUUAUUUGACUUUGGGAUGCCAUGAAAAUACAGCCUGGUGUGAAAUACCUA